UAUUGUGAUUGUUGCAUCAUAUUAGAAAAGACAUUGUGUGAAUUGUGUACUUAUAAUAUUAACAAUUUAAUAUAUUAAAAUUAUAAUAAUUACAUUUACAAAACAUCUUAAUAUCAUAAAAAAUUAUAGACACAAUAAUAACUUAAGAAUGUCAAUGAAAGAAAAAUUAUAACCAUAACCUGGAAUUUCAUGUGAAUUAUUAUUAUAAACAACGUGUAUAAAAAAAAUUGACAAAAAGUAUUUAUUACAUAAAUGUUCAAGUAAACUUACUGCUUAUCUUCAACCUGUAAUUUUCUAAAUAUGUUUUCAAUUAAUUUGGUAACUUUGGAUAGUUAUCAAUCAACUCCACUGUCAGAGUUAGAUGUAACAUUUUCAGAUUUUCGAGGAAAUGAAAUUAAACAAGUUCCAGUUAUUAGGAUAUUUGGAUCUACUCCAUCUGGUAUAAAAACAUGUUUACAUAUACAUGGAGUAUUUCCAUAUAUGUAUAUACCAUGUAUAAUAAAUAACAAUGUUGAUAGUUAUAUGUAUAAAUUGGCAGCAGCAAUAGAUUCUGCAAUAAAUGUAUCUUUGAAAUCUGCAAUGUUUAACACUCAACAUGUUUAUAAAAUUCAAAAAGUUUCUGGAAUUCCUCUUUAUGGAUAUCAUGAGAAUGAAUAUUCAUUUUUUAAAAUUUAUUUCUAUAAUCCAGCUAUGAUUAAACGAGCAGCUGAUUUAUUACAAAAUGGUGUUAUACUUAGUCAAAGUUUACAACCACAUGAAGCGCAUAUACCUUUCAUUUUACAAUUUAUGAUUGAUUAUAAUCUUUAUGGUAUGAGUUUAAUAAAUUUAAGAGAUGUUAAAUUUAGACAAUGCCUACAUACAAAAUCAAAAAACGAUUCUCAAAGUGAGAGCCCAAUAGGUUUAUUUGAUUCACAAAAAUAUCUGCCUGCAUUUAUUGUUAGACAAAGUACUUGCAAAUUAGAAGUAGAUGCGCAAGCAUGUGAAAUACUUAAUGGACAAGAAAUUCAGAUUGGUUUAGAUUUAAAUCCUGGUAUUGCGGCUAUUUGGAAUGAAGAAAAACAUAGAAGAGAAAAAGAAGGUUUAGAAAAUGUUGAGUCACAAUUUUUGUAUUCUAAUACUAGUGGCAGAAUUUAUGACCUAACAGAGAAUGAUAUUUAUCAAGAAGAAAAAUUAAUAAAAAGAUUGCAAUCAAUAUCACAGAUUAGUGAAAAUGUAACACCAGUAACAUCAAAAACAUAUAGUUAUCCUUUAGAAGUGGAUAGUGAAGAUAAUUCAUUUAGUGCUUCAUACAUAUCAAAUCACUUUAAACUAUCAAUAUUAAAUAAUGAAAAUAAAAAUAAAACAUUUUUGAAUAAUGACUUAUUAGAAUUUGAUAAAUCUGAAAUAAGAGAAAGUUUACCUCAAGAUAAAACAAUAGAAAACAGUAUUUUGGAUUUUGAAGAUAUGUUCUUAGUUGAAAUAUUGGCUGACUUAAGGAAAGAAAAUGAAGGAGAAAAAAUUAUAGAUAAUGAUAGCAUGCUAGGUUCUCAAUUUUCUAUGCUGAAUAAUGAAAUUAAAGAAGACAAUGAAGAUGAGGAAAUUGAAGAUUUGAAUAUUACAAGUUUAGAUCUGAGUAGUCUUAGUUCAUGGAAUUCAAUUAUCACUGAAAGUGAAAGUAAAAAGACAGAAGAUUUCAAACAAACUGAAUAUGUUGAAAGUACUUCAAGAGAUCUUCCUCAAUAUGAUGGUCCAAGUGAUUUGAAUUUAAAAAAUAAAAAGCAAUUAUCACGAAGACUUACUAAAAAUGAAAUAAAUAAAGAAAUAAAAACAUGUGCAGAAUUGGACAAUCUUGCAUUAUAUUUCAACAAUAGAAGUAUGAUAUUAAAUGAAUUUAUAAAUAUUCAAAUAAAUUUUAAUCUUUUACAAACUCAAUUAAUGGUUCCAUAUGAAAUUCUAUUUGAUAUUAAAUUACCAAAAUAUUUUAAAUUUUAUCAAAAACAAACUCGAAAAAAUAAAAAUAAACAUAGAAAAAUGUUACAAACUACUGAAAAGAAAUUAUUAUAUUACAGAGAUAUAAAUAUAUAUAAAUUAGAUCAUCAAGACUUAGAUGUUUAUGAUGUGGAUGAGAUUGAACAUAAACUAAAUAAUUAUAAAUGUCUAAAACAUUCAAUAGAUUUUGAAAACAAUCUUGAUCGAAUUAGUUAUAAUAAAUUAUAUGUUAUUAAUAGCGUUUUAAAUAAAUUAAACAUACCUGCACUUGAUGGUAAUGCUGUUAACACUUCCAGUGAUUCUGAGACAGAUCAAGAUAUCACUAUCAACAAGGAAGAAAAACGUGUUUGUGUUUAUAAUAGAUUGAAAAAACGAAGGCUUGAAUUUGAAGACCCUAAUUUGCAAUCUCCUCAUAAACGACGUAAUAUUAUUAGAAAUGUAUCAGAUGAAUCAUACCAUACUCCAACUAAAGCAAAAUUGGUGCAUAGUCCAUGUUCUAUUUCAACAAAAUAUUCUCCACUUAAUAUAAAAAUAGUAUCUCCAAAAAUAGAUAAAAAUAUCAAAAAUAUUGAAUCUUCUAAUUCAAAAUCUAUUUAUAAUAUUUUAAAUCGAAAUACUCAAUGUUUAUCUGAAGACGUAAAUAAUUUUACUUCAGAGCCAAAUCAAGAAUUCUUUACACAAAGCAAUACUUCAAACAUUAAUAAAACAAGCACAAAUAUUCUUAAAUACAAAGACAGUAAUGCAAGAGUACACAAGGAAUUGAUUGAUUUAGAAAAAGAAGAUAGUAUAUUAAAAACAAAUUUUGAAACACAAGUUAUUCCUGCAGAUAACAAACAAAUUCGUAAGAAAUUAAGUUUUAUAAAUGUCAGUAACAAAGAAAUUACUUCUAUGAAAGAUGAUAUAGAUUUAAAAAAUUUAUCUCCAACACAAAUAAUACAUAAUACACAUAAAAGCAAUGAUUAUAUUAAUAUUUUAUUUAUGGAUUCUAAUCGUGGAAAUUCUAUAAAAUUGCACACAAAAGAAAAUGAAAAAGUUAAUUAUGAAUAUAAUUUACCAAACACAUCUAAAAAUAAUGUAGAUUUUUACUUAAAUAAUACGUUAAAUAAAAUGCCGUUGAUGCAUAAAAAUAUAAAUAAAACUGAAGAUGAAGAUAAAGAUGAAGAUGAAGAUGAAGAAAAUAUUUGUAAUAUGACAUACACACAAUAUCUUAGUAGGAAAUUAGAAUUAGAAUCAAAUAUCCCAAGUGUCACAUCAUUAAAAAGUACAAGUGAUACAGAUAUUAAAUUGAUUACUAUUACUACUAAAUUUAAUCCACCAAGCAAAGAAAGAAUUAUAAAUUCCAUGAAAACGUAUGAUAUCAAAUCAAAAUUAGACACACUAUUUUUUAGUAACAAAAUUGACUUGCUGAAACUCAAGCAAAAAGAAAAUUGGAGUAAUAAUAAUAUUCACAAAAUAAUUCCAUUUAAAUGUAGUUUAGAUAGGAUUACGAGUAUUAAACUGUGGCGUCGAGUAAGAAUAAAUGAAUUUUAUCCAUCUGGAUCAAGUAUAAAAUCUUGCAAUAUAAAGAAAGUUCUUGCUGGAUACAAUACGUUAAUAAUUCAUCCUCUCAUUCAUCCACCAAUAUUAAAAAAUAUUAAAACUUGGUUACAAGCUAAAAAAUAUUUAUUAAAAAAGAAUGAUAAUCAUGAAGAAAUAAAUGAUAAUAUUAAUGUUCUAAGAGAUGCAGAAGAAAGCAAUAUACUUAAAAAAAGAUUUAUUGACGAUCAGUAUACGAAAUCACAAAGUUCUAACAGUUCAGAAUAUUUAAGCAAAUCUAAUAAUUUUAAUUCUUCUUUACAAAAAAUGCUUGAAAAUCCAUUAUUAUAUAAAAAUAAUGAUACACCACAACAUUUAGGCAUUUCAUACGGGCAAAUCGAAUAUAGUCUAAAAGAACAUAGUAAUAAUAUUGAAAAUGAAAAUCUUCAAAAUGCCAAAAGUCGAACAGUGUACCAAUGUCUGAAAAUAUUAACAGUAGAAAUACACGUUAUUACACGUGAUAAAUUUCUUCCUGAUCCAAAUCAUGAUCCAAUUGGUGCAGUAUUCUAUGCUAUUCACAAUGAUGUUCCAUUAUCUUCAAAAACUGAACAAAUAGAGCAUGGUGUUAUUCUUGUAAAUUCAUCCAUCAAAAAUACAAAAGUAAAAAAUAUACAUUCAACUAAUACAUGUAUUACAUCGUACGUAUCAAGUGAAGAGGAUUUAUUAAAUAGCCUUAUAAUAUUAAUUAGACACUGUGAUCCAGAUAUUUUAAUUGGUUGGGAGAUAGAAUCUCUUUCAUGGGGAUAUAUUUUUCAUAGAGCUUCUCAUAUUGGACUGAAUGAUUUUACAUGGCAAAUUUCAAGAAUUUUGGUUCCUCCAAAAUCUAAAGGACAAGUAUCUGAUAAAGAUAAUUUUAGUGAUACAAAAAUUCCAGGUCGAAUUGUCCUUGAUGUUUGGAGAAUAAUGAGACAUGAAAUAGCAUUAUUAAAUUAUACAUUUGAAAAUGUUAUGUAUUAUGUCAUGCACGAAAGAAUUUCAUGCCCUACCUUUCAAAUUUUAACUGAUUGGUGGAAUCAUAAAAAUGUGACAAUACAAUGGAGAGUUAUUACUCAUUAUGUCAUACGAGUUGUGGGUACAUUGAGGAUAUUAAUCCAUCUUGAUAUUAUUGGCCGUACAUGUGAACAUGCACGACUUUUUGGAAUACAAUUUUAUGAAGUAUUUUCAAGAGGCUCUCAAUUUCGAGUUGAGUCAAUGAUGUUGAGACUUGCAAAACCUUUGAAUUACAUUCCAGUUUCACCUUCUAUACAACAAAGAGCACAAAUGCGUGCACCUGAAUCUCUACCACUUAUUAUGGAACCACAGUCUGCAUUAUAUACUGAUCCAUUGGUUGUCCUAGAUUUUCAAAGUUUAUAUCCAAGCAUUAUUAUUGCUUAUAACUAUUGUUUCUCUACAUGUUUAGGUCGUGUAGAGCAUAUUGGCCAUUAUGAACCAUAUGAGUUUGGUACAACUACAUUAAAAAUAAAAAAAAAUACUGCUCAAAAAUUAUUAGGAAAAAUCAAUUUUGCACCUUGUGGUGUAGCUUUUGUAAAACCAGAAGUACAAACAGGAAUAUUACCACGUAUGCUUACAGAAAUUUUAAAUACUCGAUUAAUGAUAAAAAAAUCUAUGAAACUUCAUGGAAAUAAAAAUCAGGCAUUACAACGUAUUCUUCACUCACAGCAAUUAGGUCUUAAGUUAAUUGCAAAUGUUACUUAUGGUUACACAGCUGCUAAUUUUAGUGGCAGAAUGCCUUGUAUAGAAGUAGGAGACAGUGUUGUUAGUAAAGGAAGGGAAACAUUAGAACGAGCAAUUAAAAUAGUAGAAUCUACUUCUAAAUGGGGAGCUAAAGUUGUUUAUGGUGAUACAGAUUCAUUAUUUAUUCUUUUACCUGGAAGAUCAAGAGAAGAUGCAUUUACAAUUGGAGCUGAAAUUGCUGAUGCUGUUACUGCAGCUAAUCCACCUCCAGUGAAACUCAAAUUUGAGAAAGUUUUACAACCAUCAAUAUUACAAACAAAGAAAAGGUACUGUGGUUAUAUGUAUGAAUCUCCAGAACAAAAAGAACCUGUAUAUUUAGCAAAGGGUAUUGAAACUGUUCGUAGAGAUGGCUGUCCAGCAGUAACUAAGAUACUUGAAAAAACACUAAAAAUUUUGUUUGAUACAAAGGAUCUCUCCUUAGUAAAAUUAUAUGUCACCAGACAAUUUGAUAAAAUUUUACGUAAAAAAAUAUCAAUUCAAGAUUUAACAUUUGCAAAGGAAUUUCGUGGCUUGAAUGGUUACAAAACCAGUGCUUGUGUACCUGCAUUAGAAUUAACACGGAGAUUAAUGCGCAAAGAUCCGCGUGCAAUACCUCGUACUGGUGAAAGAGUUCGAUAUGUUAUAGUUGCUGGGGCCCCAAAUCAACCAUUAAUUCAAUGUGUACGAACUCCACUAGAAAUAAUGUUAGACGAAAGUUUAAAUCCAAAUUCGAUAUAUUACAUAACAAAAGUUAUCAUACCGCCACUUAAUCGGUGUUUAAAUUUAGUCAACGUUGAUGUUAAUGCAUGGUAUGCAGAAAUGAUUCAUCGUCAAACACCUAAUAAAGCAAUUAGUUCAUCUACGAAUAAUCAAAAACUAACUAUUCGACAGUUUUUUAGUACCAUAGUAUGCGCUGCUUGCAAAAAUCAGACGCAAAAAGAUAUUUGCACGAGUUGUAUGGCAAAGCCAAGUCAAACAAUCACUAUUUUACAUGAAAAGUUAAAAUGGUUGGAACGUACUCAUUACGAACUUACUACGAUAUGUCAAUCUUGUACUGGUUAUUUGGAUGAACCAAAAUGUGAAUCUUUAGAUUGUCCAGUUUUGUAUCGUUUGAUGCAAGCUCAAAGAGAUCUCGUCCAAAUACCUUAUUUAAAUGACAUAAUUCGUAAUAAUGAUAUUUUCUGUAUAGGAAGAAAAGGCAUGAAAUAUUAAUUUUCAUCUGACAUAUUAUAUCUGCAUAUUUUAAAAAAAAGCGUGUAAAUUAAA